AUGGCGUCCUCCGCCUCUGCUCGGACUCCGGCGGGGAAGCGGGUGGUGAAUCAGGAAGAACUGAGGCGGUUGAUGAGGGAGAAGCAGCGCCUGAACACCAACCGGAAGAGGAUAGAAUCGCCGUUCGCCAAGUACAACCGUCUGGGGCAGUUGAGCUGCGCGCUUUGCAACACCCCCGUCAAGAGCGAGCUCCUGUGGCAGACCCAUGUUCUGGGGAAGCAGCACCGGGAGAGAGUAGCGGAGCUGAAAGGCGCCAAGGCAACGACCCAGGGCCCGUCGGCCAGUACAGCGCCUCCGUCCACCAAGAGGAGAGCGACGGAUGUGGAGAGCCAAGACGCCAAGAGAGCCAAGGCCUCGGUGGGGCCUCAGGUACAGCCCUCUACCUCGGCCUUGUCCGCCAACUUUGAGAAAUCGGGAAAGGAGGCUGCUAGGGUGACCCCCAGUAAAGCUUCCGGACUCGGUUUACUCCCUGAUUACGAAGAUGAGGACGAGGAGGAGGAGGAAGAAGAGGGAGGUGGAGAAGAAGGGAGGGACGGCAGCAAGCAUCUUCCUGAUGCGCAGGGCAGAGAACAUUCGUUUGCCCCUCCAAGGGAGACAACAGAGGCAAUACUGCCCAACGAUCCCUUUAAUACAAACCCUCCCAAAGCCCCCUUAGUUCUUCAUUCAGGGUCAAUUGAGAAAGCAGAAAUACACGAAAAGGUGGUGGAAAGGAGAGAGAACACCGCCGAAGCCUUACCAGAAGGAUUCUUCGAUGACCCUGAGGUAGAUGCAAAGGUCCGGAAGGUUGAUGCCCCAAAAGAUCAGAUGGACAAAGAGUGGGACGAGUUUCAGAAGGCCAUGAGGCAAGUCAACACCAUCUCCGAAGCUAUAGUUGCCGAAGAGGAUGAGGAGGGACGCUUGGACCGGCAGAUUGGAGAAAUCGAUGAGCAGAUAGAAUGUUACCGGCGGGUGGAGAACCUGCGGAAUCGCCAGGAUGAAAUAAAAAACAGACUUAAGGAGGUUCUGACGAUAAAAGAACUGCAGAAAAAGGAAGAAGAGAACGUGGACAGUGAUGAUGAAGGAGAAUUACAGGAUUUGCUGUCUCAGGACUGGAGGGUAAAAGGGGCUUUGCUGUAAGGUUUUGAAGAGCCAAGCUUUCCAUCGGUCUCCACUGCCCUGUAAAAAGUGCUGUGUCCAAAUACUGGGGUUACUCUGUCCUUGGGUACCCUGAGUUGUGGGAUAAAGUAAUGAGCAGUACUACUUUGGGGAAGGUACUGAGGUGCUAUUUAUUAUAAAAUGUUUGGGGUAAAACCAUUUUUCACAUCUUUGAAAUUAUAACCGCAAGUUGCCAACUUUUUCAUAUUUACAGGCUUAAUGUUGGUUUUCAGCUGUAA